AUGGCUCCUCUCGCGGUUCCAAAGCCGAUCCCAUAUGCCAAUGGCAACGGCCAGACACCGUACACAUCGUCGACCGACUCGUCGGGAUCAGCUUCCGCAGCCAAGUUUCCCCACACUCGAGCCCAGCUCGCUGCAAUCGCCCGCCAGUACAAGCCAGCGGACACCUACGACGGCAAUAUCGAGGUCGAAGAAGCCAAUCGCGUCCCCUCGUCGCUGGUGACCAAGGUUGUCUCCUUCCUGGUGGAUGAAAAGGAGGAUGAGCUCAAGGCUGCGCUCAAGGAGGCAUUUCCAGAGAUGAACGAUGUCUCUAUCGAGCAGAGCGUCUUGGAUUUGAUGCACAAACAUCGGGACGAUGUCGCAGGAGUCCCGUUUCUGUUCUUGACGCCCACCCGGAGGCCAAUUUCUCGCCCGUCGUCGCGCGCAUCAACCCAUUCCAGUCGGCUUUUACCGACGAGACCAGACACGCCCACCUCUGCACCGUCUUCGCCUCUUGCUCACUCCUUAUCGUUCAGGCGCCCGCACACCCCAAUCACUUCGCCGCUCGCAAGUGCGGCCCAGGCCUCGGGUUACAUGUCCGCCAAAAGCGAUUAUUCGCCUUCAUCUUCCCCGAUCUUGAUGCACGCACAUAUUAGCUCCCAAUUCACGGCCAGUCUCCCGGCCUCCCCCCUUUCUUCACCUCGUCUUUUGAACGCAAAGGCCUCCGAAUUCAGACCUAUACCCCGGCCCCUGUCCGCCGCAUCGUCGAAUCCGGGCUCCCUUUUGCGCGCCGAUACACCGUCUCCUGAUUUAUGGGCCCAUAAUUCUCCACGCGCGACAUCCAACCUCGCCAUCGCAGCACCCCUUUUGCCAGAGCACUCGUUCAGUCGCUCUAAUACACCGAGUUCAAACCUUCGUUCGUCUACCCAACCAGAAGAAGAAGAGGAUGAUGACCCAUUCGAUGGUCUUGCAAAUAACCUCGCGAGCACCUUCCAUUCGAUAACCAUCUCCGACUUCGACACCCAUUGGUCGCCUCCAGAUGUCUUUGAUUCCAUGGAAAACAAGAAUAAUGGCCAGCCGACUUAUCCUGGAAUUUAUGGAUAUGGCCAUCCCGAUUCAAUGGGACAACCAGGGGCUCAUCAAAGCGCAGAUAUGCUGGAAGGCGACGAUACCUCAAUUUUGACCGAUGGGAUGACGCCACUCGAUGUCCUCAGUUCUGUUUUUGGCUCGACCCUUGCACCUUCCGAAUUAGAGGAAGCGCUGAAUGCGAACGGGUACGACUUCGAAAGAGCCAUGGCUUGGCUCAUCGACCGCCAGUUGCCGCAGCAAGCGCAUGGCCCUCCCAAUCGACCCGUUAUCCACAACAAGUUUAUCCAAGUUGGCCGCGAUUCUGCUGUCCGUGGACGUGGCUUCGGUCCUGGCCACAUGGCCGGGCCUGGACGGGGUGCUCCUCGAUAUGUCAACGGGCGCCCUGUCCCGAACGGGAAUCGUGUUUGCAGGUAUUUCGUUGCUGGAGAGUGUUUGCGUGCGGACUGUCGGUUCAGUCACGAUCUUGAGAGAGCUCUCUGUCGAUUCUGGCUUCGAGGGACUUGCGCCAAGAACGAAUCUUGCGAAUUCUUACAUCACAUCCCCAAGGACGUCGACAUCAACGCCGUCAAUGCAGUGCUUUCCCGAGCGAACGUUCCUCCUGGCACCGGUCCACUCGCCAAUUUCCAUCAGGUGCAAAACAAUCCAGGUGCGCAGCCCAACCUGGAAGAGUUCCCCGUUCUGGGAUAUGAAGGCAAUGGCAACAAUCGUGGUCGCAAGCAUCAGUACAAUGAUCCCGGCAGGACCAGAUUUGCAGCGGCUGUCAAGAAGCCAGCCCCGAAUGUCCCUCAAGAUCAGCAGCAACAAGGAAACCGACCAGGUGGAGAUCUGAGCCAUCCUGCGAUCGUCGCCCCUCGCCCUUCGCCUCGUAUCAAGUUGCGUGCCCCUGCCCUUCUACCGACCCUGCCCACCGGCGAGGCCUUGAACAACCUCUACAUGACCUAUCGCUCUCGCGCCCUUCAACUCGGAGCAGCACGCAACGCCUGCCUCUCCCGUGCUGCUGAUGCGUGGCGCCGAGGAGACGGCGCCGCUGCCAAACGGUUCAGUCGCGAAGGACACGAGCUAAACGCCAAGAUGAGCGCCGAGAUGGCAGACGCCGCUUCCAAGCUUGUCCGUGAGCGAGCCAGGGUUGCGGAGCAGGCUGUGAGGUCGCGGGAUGCAUCGUGGUCGGAUGACCCUGGCGAUCGUGCUGCGAGGGGCAAGGUCUGUGGAGGUGGACUUGGUGUUUGUUUGGGGAUUGCGAGUAGGGUGGUUGGGGAGGGGUUGAACUCGGAGGAGAGGACUGAGGCUAUGCUUGAUCUGCACGGGCUUCAUUCGAACGAAGCUACUGAGGUGUUGGAAAAAUUCUUACUGGCUUUGGAACGCGAGCAUUUCUAUGGACUUGCAUACGCGAUCGUUGGCGAAGAAAAGCACACAGGGACUCAAGAUGCCGCUCGCGGUGCAUCUCGUCUGCGGCUCGCCACUGGCGUUCGUGAAUGGCUUCACCGCUGGGGCUAUCCCUGGAACGAACGCGAUGGAAUCAUCUGCAUUGAUCCUCUCACUCAUGCUUCUGAGUGA